AUGAAGUUUAAUUUGGUACACAAUCAAUUAAACAAAAUCACAAGAAAAAAUGUUUAAAAAAAAAACAAUUCUAAGAAAAUAUUGGAUCGUUUGCAUAACAUGCUAAUGCACCAUACUCUAAAAUAUCACAAAAAGUAUAAAUAACUAUAAACUGCAAAAUCAAAUUGCAGUAAAUUGGAUUCUUUUUAUUUAUGGUUUGAAUAAAGAAGCACAUAAAAAAUCACACAUUAUUUGAGAAUGUUAAUUUCAAAAUAAAUUUCUAUAAUUUUGUCAAUAAUAAUAAUUUUCUUCUGUGGUUAAAUGAAGUUAGGUGAUUAUUUGAUGAAUUCUUUUCCAAAUUACAAUCCUGAAUUUUAACUUUUUAUUUUAUUCAACAAAAGAACCGACAUUGUUAUAACUAUCAAAUAGGGUUCUAUCUAAAUUUUUACAGAGUGGAGAAACAAUUGGGAUGUGGUAUUAAAUAAUAUGAUUAUUUUUAAGGGAAAUUCUGAGAGAUUCGAUUAGGUAUUCAUAAAAGUACAUUAUUUAAAAGAGCAAUGAAAUUGGUAAGAAAAAUAGUGUACGAUAAUUGCUUAAAGUAGACUAGAAAAACAUGCUAUCAAAAACCAAUAUCCUGAAAGAAUAAGAUCAUCCUAACAUAAUUAAAAUUUAUGAACUAUUUUCGGAUGAAAAAUAUUAUUAUCUAAUAAUGAGUAAGUGUUAUAAGCAUAAUUAGAUAAUUAGAUACACACCAGAACCUUUGACAGAGAAAAUUGUUGCAGAAUAUAUGCGACAAAUAUUAGGCUGUGUAGUAUAUAUUGAAUGAGAAAAAAUUUGUUCAUAUAUAAAUCCAGAAAAUAUCAUUUUUGAAAGCAUGACACCCAGUUGGAAUUUGAAAAAUAUUGAUUUUGUGACAUCUUGCAAAAUUGAAUUUUUAACUUUAAGAAUAGAACUGUAUUAUAUUGCCCCUGAAGUAUUGAAAAGAAAUUUUAAUGAAAAAUGUGGUGAGUUGAGGAGUGAUAUUUUAUCUAUUGUUAUGUGGGUAUCCACCAUUUGGACAAGAAGACAAAGAGAUUUAGAAAGUAUUCAAUUAGGGAAAUAAGAAUUUGAACGUAUUAUUUUCAAUUAAGGUUUAUAGCUGAGGAUUGGACAACUAGAUCAGAUGAUUCAAAAAAUAUGAUAAGUAAGAUGAUUACUCUAGAUUCUACUAAAAGAAUUUCAGCUUAAGAGGCUUUUAAUGAUCCAUUGAUUUAAGAAUGCACCAAUGGUUCAUUGUAAUUUUAGAGCAGUUAAAAAUUUGGCUUCCUUUUUUGUACACUAUUCUUACUAUUACUAAUAUCAAAUCAUGCAGAAAGCUACAUUAAUGCAAAUCAUUUCAACUAAUUUCAUGACAAUUAGGAAAAAGAAGAUUGCUUUAAGAGUUCAAAAAAAAUAGACAAAGAUGGCAAAGGUUAAAUUAGGAAGGAAGAUUUAAUUUUAGGUAAGCAUAAGAUAAUCAUAGUCUAUCUGAAAAAAUAUAAUGAUACCAAAAUGAAUUAAAUAUUUAAUGAUAUCUUUGAAAAAGUAGAUAGGUACAUUGGAUUUUAUAUAAUUUAUUACAGCAGCUAUUGAUGAGGAGAAAUUAUUAAAUAAGAAUAGAUUAAAAUAAGCAUUUAAGAUGUUUGACUUAGUAAAUUAUUUAAUCAAUUUUAAUGCCGUGGGUAUUUAAUAAAGAUGAUUUUAAAGUACUUAUUCAGGAAUAAAUCAAAAUCUUUGGAACGAAAUCUUAGCUUUGUGUGGUUCUGAUGUUAAUGGUUAGCUUUCUUAAUAGGAAUUAUUGA